AAGCAUAGAUUUAAAGCCCAUCCAUCAGUUGGAUCUGUUGGACUGGCAAAGUUGAGUUUCAGAUUUUAGCUCUGAAUCAUGAAGUUGAAUCAAGGCAUAAAAACAACUAAGGGAACCAGAAACAGUCCUAUAAAACAAGUAGCUUCAUCACCUGAAACUGGGUUUUUUUUUUUUUUUGGUACUCUUUUUCCAAUUUGUGCAACGUUCUUCCUUUCAAAUUCGUGCUGGUAAAGGAGCUCCACCGUUGAGUUGCAGCCAUGUCAGACGAGUUCGAGUUCGCAGAUAAUGUCCCUCCCUCCUUUGAUCACUUGGGAAAUAAGAUUAUUUAUGAAACUGAAGCCAAAGGGUUCAAUCCUGGGUUGAUAGUGCUGCUGGUUGUUGUGGGGCUGCUUCUGAUAUUCCUUGCGGGGAACUAUGUACUUUACUUGUAUGCGCAGAAGACUCUUCCUCCUAGGAAAAAGAAGCCAUUAUCCAAGAAGAAGAUGAAGAGAGAGAGGCUGAAGCAAGGAGUCUCUGCACCAGGAGAGUAGGAUGUUAAAACUGUUUGGUCACAAUUUUCUCUGUUUCAUGUCCACAGUGUUGCAUCCCUUAAAAACUUUAAAUCUUAGUCAGAAGUUGACCCUGAAUUUGGGUGGUAGACUAGGAAGUAAAAUUCUGUUCUUGGUUCAUCAGGCGCAGUUUACUUGUCUCAUUUCUAUUACAUUUACUCUUAUUUCUUUUUUUUUUUUCCUAUUAAUCUGCAUCAUUUAGUUGCUUCCACAACCCAUGUGAACUAUUUACAGGACUGGAAGCAACCAGGAUGAUGCCUACUUAGGUGAUCUUGGUUCCAAUAUGCGAGAGAGAGAUCUUUAGCAUUCACCAAAAGAAGCUGAUGGUGCUUCAUAGGUUUUUUCUUUUCUAGAGGGCAUGUGUUGGUGUCCAAACUUUGGAUUCAUUGCAUCCUAUGUUGAAAAGAAUGUUUCUGAUCUCAUCAUUUUGAAAAGAAAGCAUUAGAACGUCCUUCAAGUACUUUACCCAUGCAUUUAGACUUUCCCCUUAAUACUCUUUUAACUAUCACUCGCACUGGCCUUGGAUCAAAUGAAGGAAAGCAAGCCAUGGAUGAAAGGAUAUAGUAUUUUGUUUCUUUUAGCAUCCCUAUUAAAUUAAAAAUCUUUAAAAAAGGAUGUCUGAAAGGAGACCGCAAAAGGGUAUAGCAAAAUGUGAAACAUCACACCAACUUGUUUUGAAAAAAUCAA